AUGGACUGGUACGCGUGGCUCUGCAGGGCGGGGCUGCACCCGGACGUGGCGUUCGAGUACGCGCUGCUGUUCGCGCGCAACGAGCUCGGCGCCGCCGACGUGCGCCACCUGGACCACGAGUUCCUCCUCAGCAUGGGCGUCGCCGUCGCCAAGCACCGCCUCGAGAUCCUCAAGCUCGCCAGGAAGGAUCCCUCCUCCUCCUCCUCCUCCCACGGCGGCAGGGCCACCGCCAUGGCCGCCAUCACCGUCGUCCUGCCGUGGCGCGCCACCAGGCUGCUCGCCGCGGCCGUGCACCGGUCCGCGCGCUCGGCGCUCGGCCGCCUCCGCGCCUCGGUGUCCCACUCCCGCGGCCGGGACCGGGACCGCGCGGCGGCCGUCCUCGCCACGCCGCGCCUGCUGCCUCUGCUGCGGCACCGCGGCGGGAGGGUCGCGCACAGCAGCUGGAGCAAGAUCGCGUCGCCCGUGGCGGUCCGUGGCGGCGGGAAGCUGCCGCACGUCGGCAAGCCCGUGCUGCUCACCAACAGCUACGCCGAUAAGUGGAGGGGCAACGGCGGCGCGGCGGUCAGGACGCUGCCCGCGCCCGCUGGGUCCAUAGCCGCCUGCCUCAUGAGCACGGACGUCUGCAGCUGCGACGAAGACGAGGAGGGGGACGGCAGCGGCAGCGACGUGGAGGUGGUGGUGGACGUCGGCGGCGAGGAGAUGCGGUGGGAGUCCAUGUUCCAGGAUCUGAAGCCCACUUAG